UGUCUCUAGGGUCGGAUGGUAAAUAUCGAUGCCGGACGCAAAGUAUUGGUCUUGCUGGCUGAUAACAGUAGGUUCGGGCAAUUCUGUGCGAAAUGUCGUGGUAGAAAUAGAGUUUGUUGUAAACGAUAGGCGGUUUGAAACGGGUUCAUAAGGAUGAUAGGAAUGAGCGUGUGGGAAGCCCAUCAAUAUGGUCGGGAUCUUGACGAGGGCGACGAUGAGGCAGGCCAAUGUCAAUAGGGAACACUGGGAUCGCUCCAUGCCUGAUCAAAUGUCUCAACCUGUCGGAUUCAAGCAGAGUCUUUUGAACAGUCUCAGUGUCGGUAACAAGGUGAGUUUCCACUUCGGAUGGAGGUAUUGUAAGAAGUUCAGAAAGAAGGCGAACUGUCAAUAUCACCGUGCCCAGGCCAGUAAGGCGGUAACCGAAGGAUGGUUCUACUGAAGCGGUGUUGUCUGACAUGGUGAUGGUGAUGGUAAAG